AUGUUAGCUGAGUCGGAAGAUAGCGACCUGACCCCAACAAGUCCUUGUAACACCCAAACCGAUCGGAGGGUUGGCAACCCUGACUACCGCUAUGAUUAUUUCUCCAGCCAAACAGUUUCGUUUAUUUUGGUGUGCUGCGUUCUCGUGGCUUCGACAAUAGCAGAACCUCCAGUGGAUAACAGAUACCUUCCACCACAAUCUUUUAGUUCAUCCCCAUCGCAAGCAUACGGCGCUCCGGCUUUUGGUCAGAGGCAAACUGGUGCUGGGUUCAGAACUCGCCCUUCGUCAACGUACGGCACCCCAUCAAGAUCUCAAUCUCUCUCUAACCAAUACAUACCUCCCCGAUCAUCACCAACUUCCCAAUACCAAGCACCGUCUUCCCAAUACCAAGCACCCUCAUCCAAAUAUCAAUCGCCCUCAUCUCUGUAUCAAGCGCCGUCUUCCCAGUAUCAAGCACGCUCUUCCUUCAACCAAGCAUCGUCUUCCUUGUACCAAGCUCCAGCAAAUCAGUACCAAUCACCGUCAUCUCAGUACGGCUUGCCAAGCCAAGCUCAACGUUCAGCUAGUGGAUCUUACACUGCACCGUCGCAAGAAUAUGGAUUACCUGGACUAGGAAGAGGAGGCAAUCAAGCCGUAUUCGGAGGUAAUGACUUGAGUCAAAGCAGGCAGUAUCUGCCACCAGGCAGGGGGUACGAUGACGGCAGCAAUGGGGAACCCGCAAACUAUAGCUUCGAGUACAUGGUGCAGGACGAUUACUCGGGCAAUGACUUCGGACACCGCGAGUCGCGACAGGGAGACCGUGCCGAGGGAGUUUACUAUGUGCUGUUACCUGAUGGAAGGAAACAGACGGUACAAUACGAAGCGGACGAAGAAGGAUACAAACCGCGGAUAUCGUACGAGGACACCGGCCGAGGAGCGGGCUACGACAGAAACAGCCAAGCUUACAACAACCAGUAUAACAACGGACCAUAUUAACUGGACCAAUUUAAAAGCUACCUACAAUCUACAUAUUAACUUAGAUACCAAUUAGAAUCGAUUUAGAAAUGGAUAAUCGAUUACGUUCGGCAUCCUAUGCUUACAAUAGACGUAUUAGGAGUAAUAGAUCACUUACGUACUUCGUUUUCAAUGCUAUGCGUUACAAAACCUUAUCCGAUAAAUUAUAAGAAUCUUGGUACUUGGUACCUACCUAUUAAUAAUUUAAUUUAUUUUCAUCUCAAAUCUCACCUAUGCUUAAUAAUAGUAAUUUGUAAAUAAUUUUCUACGACUAUGCUAUGAUUUAAUGGAUUUUGAAUAAUUGUAUUUCUAUUAUACAGCUCGUGCUGAUUAACUUGACACCUGGCUCGAAUGAUGUUGGUACUGUGAUUGUGCGGUUGUAUUUGGUAGCCAGGUGUCAAGUUUAAUGCGCACGAGUUAUAGUACUCAGGUACUAUAAUGAAAGGCCAGUAACACCAAAUUAGAAAUAUACUUGUGUGUUUUUUAUAUUAUUUAUUGUAAAUAUACAUACUUCGACAUG